CAAGGGGCAUUACCUAAACGAAAGCGUCAUGUUACUGUGCGUUUAGAUUUGUGUAGAGUAAGUAAUUGGCAAAAGUUUGGAUGCCACGGGGAUGCCGCUUAUGUGGCUAUGUUUGCGUGGUGAUGUAGCCAAUGUAAGGGUUGAAACGGCUGGCCAAUCGCGUCGAGCCCUCCCAUCGACACCAGUGACGUCGACUUCGCCAGGAAUGCCCCAUUUCUCCAUCGCGGUUUGCUUACGGCCGAGCAUUCUCAUUGUCAGAGAGGCACUUUCGCGAUCUGUUCGAAGAAGUAUGGUGCACAGCCUCCCUUAUAAGGCUAUAUUAAGUGUGCCUUUUAAGCUCCAGAAUGGGAGCGCGCCAUCAGGCCAGGUGGAGGGGCCGUCCCGGGAAUAUGCCGUCAGUCGUGAUCGAGUGCCCGUGCCAGCCCCUCGCUCGCACCUGAGGGCACGUGAGCAGAUCUUCUGUGCCCGAGAACUACCAACUCCACAAAGUUUGCGAGUGUAUAACUAGCCUCAAGGUGUAAAACACAAACGAAAAAUUGAAAAUAGACGAAUCAGCAGUUGCGAGGGGACAACAUCUUACAGGACGCAAAUCCGGGGCCCUAUUAGGGAAACAGUCUCUGAGUCAGCGAGUCGGGCUCGGACCCCGCCAUGUGGCCGUCGCACAUCGCCAAGCCGCUCCAGCGAGCUCCAGUCAAGAGAUCGGCGGAGGACGGUGAGGACCUGGCUCGGCGCUGCAUGGGCGACCUGCGCGGACGCCACGGCAUGUUCCGGAUGCCCGACUGGAUGUCGGAGGACGACGACAUGACCGACCUAGCGCACCGCAUGUCGCACGCGCCGCACUUCGCCACCAUGGGCCGCCGCGGGGGCCCCUGGCGAGAGCGCCGAAGCUCGGGGGGGUCGGCCAUGAGCGCCACCUCCGAGGAUGACUCCUGCGACGCCGCGGCCACAGACAAGUCCUCGCAGUGCUCCGGUGGGUCCACCGAAGGCCCUGUGGCCUCACACGAAAUCCCCAUUCGGCUGGAGGCUCCGGCCCCGCCCUCUGCGUCUCGGCAGCAGCAGCAGGCAGAGAACGAGCCGGUUGCGCCAUUGCGAACGAGCCACGCCAGAAACGCCCCUCAGUACCCAGUCAGAACCACGUCCGCCGUCGACGCCUCGGACCACUCGAGGGACGUCCCGCGGAGCACGCGAUGCGCAUCCGCACCGCCCGAGAUGGCUGAGCAGCCCCUGCAGCCACAGGCCAGCCAGGCGUCGCCGCAGCAGCAGCGGUUCGUGUCGAAGAUCAGCAUCACGCCCCAGGUUCCUCAGGGCCCCGGCGCCCCGCCGGCGAAGCCCGCGUCGCCGCUGCCCGCCAAGUUCAACACGAUCCCCAAGCCGUUCGUCCCAGCGAACAAGCCGCAGACGCAGACGCCCGCGCAGGAGCAGCAACUGCCGCAGCAACCGUACGAGGAACAGCAGCAGCACGGUCACAUGGCGAGCCCUCAGAUGCAGUACCAGCAGCCUCCUCAGGCCCAGCAGCAAGUGCCUUCGCAGACACCACCUCAGUACCAGCAGCCGCAGUUCCAUCAACAGUACCACCAGCAGCAGCAGCCACAGUACCAGCAACAGUACCACCAGACGCCCCUCCAGCAGCAGCAGCAGUCUCCGCGCCAGUCAGGCCAAAGGCCGAGCGUCGUGCGCAACAUCCCCAUUUUCGUCGAGGGUCGUGACGGCCCUCUCGUCAGCGAGGAGAGCGGCACCCCGCCCAAGCCAGCGCCUCAGUGGGGACAGCAGUGGCAGCAGCCUCAGCCUCAGCCGCACCCGCAGCCGCAGCCCCAGCAAAGUCAGCAUCCUCAGCAGCCACAUCCUCAGCAACAGCGGCAACAGUUCAAACAACAGGGCCAGCCUCAGCAACCUCAGCCCCAACCCAUACCUCAGCCUGUGCCCAUGCCCAUGCCUCAGCCACACUCUCAGCCACAGGCCCAGCAGCAGCAGCAACAGCAGAAGCAGCAUCAUCAUCAUCAGCAGCAGCAGCAACAGCAGCAGCAGCAGCAGCAACAACAGCAGCAGCAGCAAGGCGAGCCCAAGCCGCCGCAGCCCGCGAAGGACCCGCGCCUGUCCCAGAUCGAGUCCGUGAAGGCGUCCGUGGACGAGUACCGCCCGAAGGUCGAGGCCUUCUCGGGCUCGAAAAAGAGCCGCGAGUUCCUGUACCUCGACGAGAUGCUCACCCGCGCCCUCCUGCAGCUCGACAACGUCGACCCCGACGGCCGCGACGACGUGCGACAAGCUCGUCGCGCCGUCAUCAAAGACAUCAACGCCGCGAUAUCGCUCCUGGAGUCCAAGGCGACCGAAUCGGAGCAGGCCCAGAAGGAGAAGACGCCCUCGCCAGCGGCCACGCAGGAGGCUGCGGCAGAGCCCAAAGUUAAUCCCGGAGGCAACGGAAGAGAAUCGGGCAACAGAGGAGAAAAAGGCAGCCGAACAGGAGAAGACUGACGAGACCGUAGGAUCUUCUGCAAAAGCAGAGGUUCCCCCAACGAAGGACACGGAGAAGAAAGCGGAGGAGGCGAAGGAGGUGGUCACAGAAACCCAGGAGGCGGCGGCUGCCUCCAGCGACAGCAAAACAGAGACUGAAGAGAAAAGUUCCACGUAGCUUCAAAUAAGGGGUUUUGUCCAUUAGAGUUCACUGCAUCUUGUAUGUGUCCGGGUGAUAUGUAUAUAUAAAAUAUAUAAAUGUGUGUGUUUGUGUAUUAAAUUUAUUUAUAAGUGGAUUUAAUAAAAUGAAAGAAUGAG